AUGAAAUUUUCCGCUAGAAACGCUAUUGUGUCCUCUUUAUUGGGUUCAUCUGUUUUGGCUGCCGCAGCUACCACUACCAUCACUGGUAACCAUCAACACAAGAGAGCUGUUGCCGUCGAAUACGUUUACGAAACUGUCACUGUCGAUGAAAACGGUAACACUAUCGCCGCUGCUUCUGCUAACACAUGGGUUGCUUCCACUUCUACUUUAAGCCCAACCUCCACUCAAGCUGCCGCAACCACUUCCUCCACUCAAGCUGCUGCCACUAUCUCUUCCACCCAAGCUGCUGCCGUCACCACUUCCUCUACGCAAGCUGCUGCCACUACCUCUUCCACCCAAGCUGCCGCCUCUACUCAAGCUGCUUCUUCUGGCUCUUCUUCCUCCAACGGUAUCGCCGGUGACUUGUCCGACUUCUCUGGUCCAAAUGAAAAGUUCCAAGAUGGUACCAUUGCUUGUUCUGACUUCCCAUCUGGUCAAGGUGUUAUCGCUUUAGACUGGUUAGGAUUCGGUGGUUACUCCGGUAUUCAAAACCCAUCUGAUGGUUCUACUGGUGGUUCUUGUAGAGAAGGUACCUACUGUUCUUACGCUUGCCAACCAGGUAUGUCAAAGACCCAAUGGCCAUCAAGUCAACCAGCCUCCGGUGAAUCCUUAGGUGGUUUAUACUGUAAGGGUGGUUACUUAUAUAGAACCAAUACUGACACCGACUACUUAUGUGAAUGGGGUGUCCAAAUGGCCGAUGUUGUUUCUGAAAUCAGUGAUUCUGUCGCCAUUUGUAGAACUGAUUACCCUGGUACCGAAAACAUGGUUAUUCCACUUGUGGUUGAUGCUGGUUCUACUAAGCCAUUAACCGUCGUUGAUGAAGACUCUUACUACACAUGGGAAGGUUUAAAAACCUCUGCUCAAUACUACGUUAACAACGCCGGUGUAUCUGUUGAAGAUGGUUGUAUUUGGGGUACUGACGGUUCUGGUGUCGGUAACUGGGCUCCAUUAAACUUUGGUGCUGGUUACACUAACGGUAUCGCUUACCUAUCUUUGAUUCCAAAUCCAAACAAUAAGUCUGCUGCCAACUUCAAUGUCAAGAUUGUUGCCGCUGAAGGUGCCACCGUUAACGGUGACUGUUAUUACGAAAACGGUUCUUACUCUGGUGGUUCUGAUGGUUGUACUGUCGCUGUCACCAACGGUAAGGCUCAAUUCGUUUUUUACUAG